AUGGUGGGCUCACCAUCGAGCCGCCGCCGCCGACGGCCGGUUGGGUUCAGGUCGCUCGCCGACCCUGGCAGGCACGUGUGGGUCCGCCAGGACCCCCAAGCGCACGUCACAGCACAACAACACACGUCAACACGAUUGUGGUUUGCGCAGACGGACGGGUGUGCCCCAAACGCGGAAGACGCUGCAGGCGCCGUUCGAGACGAAGCUGAAGCUGCUGUCGGGGAUUGCCGCCGAGUUCGCGGGCACUGUGCGCUGCAAGACCGAUGUGGAGACAGGGCUGCGGAAGCACGCUGCCGCGACGCGGACGUCUUCACGUUCCUGAUGUCGCUGCAGCCCUUUGUAUGGUGGGACCUGUCGCUGGGGACGGGCAACCUGAACCCCGAGGAGGAAUUAACGGUAGCGGAGGUGCAGCACGAGAGUUGGGCGCAUCCCCGAUUGGCGUGGGCGUAUGGCGACGACGUGCUGUUCCGCACGGUCAUGGACGGACAACGAGUCCAGUCUGGCAACCCAGUUCUCUGA